CUGCGCUGCGGCGUGCGUCAUCGAUGGGCGGGGCCUGCGCGGCAGUGUUCUGGAACAAACGGCGGAAGCGGCGCGGUGUCACCCGGCAGCCCUCGCGCGCUAAACCUCUCCGAAACAACAAGAGCCAUGAAGAUCUGGACGUCGGAACACGUCUUCAACCAUCCAUGGGAAACCGUGACCAAAGCUGCCAUGCAGAAGUACCCAAACCCCAUGAACCCCAGCGUGUUCGGUGUGGACGUGUUGGACCGGAACGUGGACCAGCAGGGACGGCUGCACAGCAAACGCCUGCUCAGCACUGAAUGGGGCCUGCCGUCCAUCGUUAGAUCGAUAAUUGGCAACACGCGGACAUGUACGUACAUCCAGGAGCACUCCGUCGUCGAUCCCAGAGAGAAAACCUUUGAGCUUCAGUCCACUAAUAUCACCUUCACUAACAUGGUGUCUGUGGACGAGAGGCUGGUUUACCGACCGCACCCAGAAGACCCAGAAAAGACUAUGCUCACUCAGGAGGCCAUCAUCUCCGUGAAGGGCGUCAGUCUCAGCAGCUAUCUGGAGGGACUCAUGGCCUCCACCAUCUCCGCCAAUGCAGGAAAGGGCCGCGAGGCGAUGGAGUGGGUGAUCAGACGCCUGAACACCGAGAUCGAGGAGCUGGCCAUCACAGCCAGAGGAACGCUGAGGACGCCCAUGGCUGCGGCCGUCGCCGAGAAAUGACCGCACACCUUCCUCUCCGUCUCGUCUUUCUCCAAUGGGGGGGAGUUGAUUCUCGGCGUCCUGCGCAUUCAAGCGUCUACAUUAGAGGCUGACGGGGACGUCCGGCGGCGGAGAGAGGCGCUCGGCUUUUAAAGAAUCAGUAUAACAGGCUCUCUGACGCUCCGAUGCCAAACCAUUCAGCUCUGUUACAGUCAGAGAGUGCAGCUGCUCACCAGCACUUACACACUUGAAAACUGUUAAGAAUAUUAUAACUUAUUUUUAUUACUACUACUAUUCUAGUAACACUUAAAUCCAAGCAUCAAGGAAGGGAACAAACUCAUCCGGACUAGAUCUGGAGGACCAUGGCGGACGAUCGCUGGAUUCUUCUGAAGAGAUGAUGGUGUCUGAGAGAUCACCAUCGAGAAUGUUCUAUAUCUUCUUCCCUCAGUAGGGAGCUUACGUGCGCUUGCUGUGACUGUAAGUGGAGUGUUGGAUCCAGACGGGAAACAUCAGAAGAGGGUCAAAUACAUUCUAUUUAUUUAUUUAUGUUUUGUAGGUUUGUGUUAUUUCAUGCAUCCAUGAAUCACAGCUUCGUUACGUUCGUCGUCAGCGAGGGGAGACGGUGAAAGAAUAUCAGAUUCAUUUACUGAACGUGACGAUGAAGACGCUUCUGUUCUGUUUGUGGAUGUGUUUUUGUUUCGGCACAGAAACCUGUCCAGCAUUUACAGAUGCUCGUGUUUUUCCUUCUUCUCCGUUGAAGUGGCAUUGAAGAUCUUUUGUAUGUUUGGUUUACUUCGGUUUAAAUAUUACGGCGAACGAAAAUAAAACAACUGCAUUUAAUGAUUUAUUUAUACUGAAUGUAAGUGUUUGUUACUGGCGUGUUUAGUAUUAAAUCAAGGCGAGCGACUCGGUGCGGAGGUUGAACUGAUUUAGGAAUGAAUUUAAUGUCUGUAGUGUUUUAGAGUUGUUCGGUACUGACGUAACGAGACGGAUCUCUUCACCAUUUGUUCUCAGAACACAGCCAAAGCUGUUUACAAAUGCUGAAAUAAACUAACAUUCAUACUAAAAA